AUGGGCGGAGAGCAGGAGGAAGAGCGGUUCGACGGCAUGUUGCUGGCCAUGGCGCAGCAACAUGAGGGCGGCGUGCAGGAGCUUGUGAACACUUUCUUCAGCUUUCUUCGACGCAAAACAGACUUUUUCGUUGGAGGAGAAGAGGGGAUGGCAGAGAAGCUCAUCACACAGACCUUCAACCACCACAACCAGCUGGCACAGAAGGCCCGGCGGGAAAAGAGAGCUCGGCAGGAGACGGAGCGGCGGGAGAAGGCGGAGCGGGCAGCUAGGCUGGCCAAGGAGGCCAAGUCAGAGAGCUCUGGGCCUCAGAUCAAGGAGCUGACUGAUGAGGAGGCAGAGAGGCUGCAGCUGGAGAUUGACCAGAAAAAGGAUGCAGAGGAUCAUGAGGCCCAGCUCAAGAAUGGCAGCCUUGGCUCACCAGAGAAGCAGGAGGCAGAGGAAGACGAGGAGGAGGACGAGAAGGACAAAGGGAAACUGAAGCCCAAUCUCGGCAACGGGGCAGACCUGUCCAAUUACCGCUGGACCCAGACCCUGUCGGAGCUGGACCUGGCAGUGCCCUUCCGUGUGAACUUCCGGCUGAAAGGGAAAGAUGUGGUGGUGGACAUCCAGCGGAAGCAUCUCCGGGUGGGGCUCCAGGGGCAGCCUGCCAUCAUUGACGGGGAGCUCUACAACGAGGUGAAGGUGGAGGAGAGUUCCUGGCUCAUUGAGGACGGCAAGGUGGUGACGGUGCAUCUGGAGAAGAUCAACAAGAUGGAGUGGUGGAGCAGAUUGGUGUCCAGUGAUCCUGAGAUCAAUACCAAGAAGAUCAACCCUGAGAACUCCAAGCUGUCAGACCUGGACAGUGAGACGCGCAGCAUGGUGGAGAAGAUGAUGUAUGACCAGAGACAGAAGUCCAUGGGGCUGCCCACCUCAGAUGAGCAGAAGAAACAGGAAAUUCUGAAAAAGUUCAUGGAUCAGCAUCCAGAGAUGGAUUUUUCUAAGGCCAAAUUCAACUAG